CCAGCGUCACUAGGGUUAUAUAAACAACUCACCUGCCUGCAGAGCUUUGUCACACGAGGCACAACCCACUGAAGAGAGCCAAGAUGAAAGUGAGAGACAUGACAUUCAGGGAGGGGCAGGAGUUCAAGAUCCGCAUCAAGCCCAAGGACAGCUGCAGCUCCUUUGCCAUCAACAUUGGUCAUGAUUCGGAAAACAUUGCGAUGCACUUCAACCCUCGUUUUGACACCAACACCAUUGUCUUCAACUCCUUGUCUGGCGGGUGCUGGGGUGAUGAGUUCACAGAGGGAAACUUCCCCUUCGUUCGUGGGGAGGAAUGCAAGUUUUACGUCAGCUUCAGCAAUGGGCAGUUUUACAUCAGGCUUCCUGAUGGCUCUAUUUUGAACUUCCCCAACAGACUGGGAGACAUGAAGUACAAGUACUUUGAUGUCAGCGGUGAUGCAAGGAUUGUUGGUAUCAAGAUCAAGUAGAGGUUGAACUCUUCUUAACCCUUUGACUCUUCCAUCCACCUUUUGUUUGUUGCUCUGUUUUACAUUUUCUCCUCCUGAUGUUUAUGGGAAAAUAACACUAGAAACCUUUAACAACAUGGAGUGUUAAUGUUGUAAUAAGAGGAAAUUGCCUAAAGAGGGAGCCACAGCACAUCUUACCUCACUGUGCUUGCUUGACAUCUCUUCAGUCACUGGGUUUGUUAAUAAAUGAGUGUCACCUCUG